CGCCCACAACUGUUGUGUUCUCGCGGGAACUUGUGUCCCACGUCAUCGCCCCCUACUAGGGGCCCUAGUAACAUCGGUGGCGUCUUGGGGAGAUAAAGCAACAAGAUGGGUUUGCUGUCAAUCCUUCGGAAGCUAAAGAGCACACCAGAUCAGGAGGUUCGGAUCUUGUUGCUGGGUUUGGACAACGGGGGAAAGACCACUCUGCUGAAACAACUGGCUUCCGAGGACAUCAGUCACAUCACCCCCACACAGGGCUUCAACAUAAAGAGUGUUCAGUCUCAGGGUUUUAAGUUGAAUGUGUGGGACAUUGGGGGACAGAGGAAGAUCAGACCCUACUGGAGAAACUACUUUGAGAACACUGAUGUACUGAUUUACGUCAUCGACAGUGCAGACAGGAAAAGAUUUGAGGAGACUGGGCAGGAGCUGGCUGAGCUGUUGGAUGAGGAGAAGCUGAGUGGGGUUCCAGUGCUGAUAUUUGCCAACAAGCAGGACCUGCUGACUGCAGCCCCAGCCUCUGAGAUCGCUGAGGGACUUAACCUGCACACCAUCCGGGACCGUGUCUGGCAGAUCCAGUCCUGCUCUGCCCUCACCGGGGAGGGGGUACAGGACGGAAUGAACUGGCUCUGCAAGAGUGUCAAUGCUAAGAAGAAGUAGCACAGAUGUCCGUUUUCACACACCCUGAGCCUUUGGGAGGACAGGGUGUACCUGUGAAUGUACACACUACAUCAACAUGGACUUGAAGAGAGUUUUUAACCGCCUGGCUGGCCUCUACACAUUGUUUACUAAACUACAACUCUCGCUAGAACUACAACUUCCAUGUUGCUCUUCAAAAUGGAGUGGGGGUACAAAGGGAACUCAUCUCAGGAGACCAGAGACGCCCCUCCCUGUCCUAACCAUCCCACCUCCACCCUGUCAAGACAUUCCACCUCAGCCUAACCAUCCCACCUCCACUCCUUCAAGACACUCCACCUCAGCCUAACCAUCCCACCUCCACUCCUUCAAGACACUCCACCUCAGCCUAACCUUCCCACCUCCACUCCUUCAAGACACUCCACCUCAGCCUAACCUUCCCACCUCCACUCCUUCAAGACAUUCCACCUCAGCCUAACCAUCCCACCUCCACUCCUUCAAGACACUCCACCUCAGCCUAACCAUCCCACCUCCACUCCUUCAAGACACUCCACCCCAGCCUAAACAUCCCACCUCCACUCCUUCAAGACACUCCACCUCAGCCUAAACAUCCCACCUCCACUCCUUCAAGACACUCCACCUCAGCCUAACCAUCCCACCUCCACUCCUUCAAGACAUUCCACCCCAGCCUAACCAUCCCACCUCCACUCCUUCAAGACACUCCACCUCAGCCUAACCUUCCCACCUCCACUCCUUCAAGACACUCCACCCCAGCCUAAACAUCCCACCUCCACUCCUUCAAGACACUCCACCUCAGCCUAACCAUCCCACCUCCACUCCUUCAAGACACUCCACCCCAGCCUAACCAUCCCACCUCCACCCUGUCAAGACAUUCCACCUCAGCCUAACCAUCCCACCUCAAACCCUGUCAAGACAUUCCACCCCAGCCUAACCAUCCCACCUCCACUCCUUCAAGACAUUCCACCUCAGCCUAACCAUCCCACAAACCCUGUCAAGACAUUCCACCCCAGCCUAACCAUCCCACCUCAAACCCUGUCAAGACAUUCCACCCCAGCCUAACCAUCCCACCUCCACCCUGUCAAGACACUCCACCUCAGCCUAACCAUCCCACCUCCACCCUGUCAAGACAUUCCACCCCAGCCUAACCAUCCCACCUCCACCCUGUCAAGACAUUCCACCCCAGCCUAACCAUCCCACCUCAAACCCUGUCAAGACACUCCACCCCAGCCUAACCAUCCCACCUCCACUCCUUCAAGACAUUCCACCCCAGCCUAACCAUCCCACCUCCACCCUGUCAAGACAUUCCACCCCAGCCUAACCAUCCCACCUCAAACCCUGUCAAGACAUUCCAACCCAGCCUAACCAUCCCACCUCAAACCCUGUCAAGACACUCCACCCCAGCCUAACCAUCCCACCUCCACUCCUUCAAGACAUUCCACCCCAGCCUAACCAUCCCACCUCAAACCCUGUCAAGACAUUCCACCCCAGCCUAACCAUCCCACCUCAAACCCUGUCAAGACAUUCCACCCCAGCCUAACCAUCCCACCUCAAACCCUGUCAAGACAUUCCACCCCAGCCUAACCAUCCCACCUCCACCCUAAGACAUUCCAGAUCUUGAUACUGUCCUUCACCACAAUAUUAGCCUAUUCACUCACUUUUUACAGGUUGCCCUGGAAACCCAGCUCUCUCUCUCUCCUAGCUUGGGUGCCAGUCUCGUUAGCUUACAUUCCACUCCUUGCACUCUGUGUCAUAUUCCAAAGCAUGACAGGACUGGAUUGAUAGCCAAAGAGACUGUUAUCCAGACUACCUUUCUCCCCCUCUCAUCCUUUCUCAUCACUCCUCAUAUUCUCCUUCAUUCAGUUGUUGUUUUUAAUUCCACGACAAGCUCCUUUCCUGCUGCAGUUCUGUUUGAAGUGAGGUAUAUUUUUGUAAUUCUUUAUUUAUGGUAAAGUAGAGGGUAAUAGCGUACUGUGAGAUGCUCGCAAACAACAGAAACAGUGUGUGGUUACUAGGACGAUAGGGAAACAUUGAAUACUGUGCUUUACUCCCCUGUGAAAAGGUUACGUGUGUUAAUAUGUAAAAAAUAAAGUAAAAAAAAUACAAAUAAAUAAGAUAUAUAACAAGACAAAUAAAUACACUUUAGGGCUAAUCUGAAAUGGCACUAGUGGAGUCUGUCCUAAAUGGUUCCCUAUUCCCUGUUACCUAAACAAUGAACUCGUUUCGGCCACAGCCCAUUUGAGUAGAGCUCUACAUAAUAAUAAGCUCUAAUAGUGUGCCAUUUCGGACAAAGCCUAUUCAAUCAAAUGGAAAAAAUACACAUUUUUUGAUGAUCAAUUAAGCAAUAAAGCACGAGGGGGUGUGGUAUAUGGACAAUAUACCACUGCGUAGGGCUGUUCUUAGGCACGACGCAUCGCAGAGUGCCUGGACACAGCCCGUAGCCGUGGUAUAUUGGUCAUAUAUCACAAACCCCUGAGGUGCCUUAUUGCUGUUAUAAACUGGUUACCAACGUAAUUAGAGUAGUAAAAAUACAUGUUUUGUCAUACCCGUGGUAUACGAUCUGAUAUACCAUGGCUGUCAGCCAAUCAGCAUUUAGGGCUCAAACCACCCCGUUUAUAAUUGUAUAUAACCCCUAUUCAUAUGUUAUGUGCAUAUAGUAGAGUGUGUAUUAGACCUGUACUAUGUAAUCUAUCAUAUCUGCAUAUGUCAUAGGUGUUGAUCGAUUUUAACAGGGUAUAUGACAAAGUUUUUCUCGGUGUGAUGCAUUGUCUUUGGUUUUAGAGGGCAUUUUCACAAAAGGCUUUUUCCUUUUGAAUGUGAUCUGUCCAAGGAUUGAAGGUACGUGAAUAAAAUGUGAGGGGGAAAAAAGAGAGCAUUGUUUUCUGACCUGGCUGUAGAGUGGUAGUGUAAAGAGGCCUCAGCCAAAACACACAUAGUUCUGUGAGAUGUCCUGUGGAGGACUCCACCACUUUACCCCAAACAACACCGCCACCUGCCCAGACCCAUGUCAUUGCCAGUCCCUGGAGACCCCACACCAGAGCCCUCCAAAACACUAGUGCCACACACACGGCAGGUGGGGUCAGCUGAUUUUGACAUUUACAGGGCCCAGCUGGUCGGGCCCAUGAAUGGGCCUGCUCUCUCUGUGAGUGUGUGUGUCGUGGCUCGCAGCCUUUACAGUUAGCCUAACCACUCUACCACAUUUGACUCCUACAGGCCUAUGUUUAAGUACUAAAGUCAGACCAUAGCUGUUUUUUGGUUGGUUCAGGCCUGCUGCACAUAGUUGUGGGUGUGUCACAUCUGCUACAGGGGAGAGAACACUGGCCAUAAAACACUGGCGUCCAGCUGUGUGAGCGAGAAAUGCAUUCUGAGGGCCUGUGGCUGUGGGACUAUAAAAUGUCUCUGCUCUUACAAAGACUCAUUGUGAAACUCUUCUUUCUCUCGCCUCCUCUCGAUUCCUACAUGGGCCACAGGCACUGUGAUUUCAUAUGCUGCUAACUAUGUGACUUUCCGUCAAAGUGUCUGAUAAAUGAGAUCUUUAUUGUUUGCUUAGAGACGUUAAUCAACAUGUCUUUAAAUCGCUGGGCACAGAGAGGCUACGUCCCAAAUAGCACCCGAUGUCCAACCCUAUGGGUUCUGGUCGUGCACAACAAAGGGAAUAGAGUGCCAUUUGUGCACAGAGGCAAGGAGAAAUCUAAGGCCUGUUAUCUUCUACACAAGUCUGUUUGAAAGCUCUGAAUGAGAGAACACAAAGUUCUGUGGUUGUUUUAUCUGUGCAUAGAAGUCGUGUGUGUGUGUGGGCAACGUGAGGAGCCAGACGGGGGAGUGUGAUGCCUAUCUUUGUGAGGCGACAUGAUUGCUGCCUUUUUCUCCUUGUGAAUCAGACAGCUGUUCGACAGCUGUGUGUGUUUGAGAGAAAGAGAGAAACCAAUCACCACGUUUCACACUGGCCCCUUUCUCUUCAACUCACCAUGGAGUUACUAUGAUGACAGAUGAGACAAGAAACAGAUUUCGUAUCCCACCAGCAGAUAGUAAAGAGGUGGGCGUUGCACAGAAGGUGAAUACAUAAGAAUGUGCAUCACUUUAAAGUGUGGUAAGAUAAAUCAAACCAUACACUCAUUGUUUAGUGGUAAUAUACAGUCUUGGGGGUAAUGGAGUCUUGUGAGUGAAGAUGUGUCCAUUGUCUUUCCCACCGGUCUCCUGGGCUUUUUGCUUCCUUUGUGUUUUUGGUAUGUUUUAAAUUGCAUGGUUGUGAAUAUAUUCCCGGGCCAGAGGCCACCCUGAAAAGGUGAACUUGUGAAACCAUGCCUUAAUUAAAUAAAUGUUUGAAAAUCA